GCUAUCGGCAGGUCAAUGCCAACAUUGAGAACAUUUAUAAAAAUCUUCGGGGUUAUGCUAGUGAGGAAAUAAAUGACCCUAUAACCAACCUAACUAAUUUUACCCGUUUAGAAACUACCCCUAACCGUUUUAUCUUAACUUACGAGAACGGACAAAAUAUAAGUCUCAUCCGAGUUCGAACCGAGAACGAGCAAGGAUUAAGUGUCAUUACUAACAACGAAAUCGAAAUCGUGACCAAAAAUGCUUUCGGACCCUUAAUAGCCCUGGAACAACAAGAAGCCCCAAUCCGCAAAAGAAUCCGGAAAAAAAUCCAGCAGGAAAUUAAUAAUCCGAGUGUGGAGGCUGCUGACUACCUGGAAGAAUUAAAGGCAGCCGUGAAAAAGUUCGAGUUGAGUGAGGAAGAAAAUCAAACCUUUAAUUACGAUUUUACUCGUCCCGAUUUAGUUAUUAUUUGGAGAAAGGAAUUAUACUUUAUCACCUCUUUUACUUACAUUAACAACAAACGAUUAUCGGUAGAACUUCGAGCUAAAAGAUGGACAAUUGAUAAAGCCCCUGUGGUUAACGACCCCGACCACCGAAUGCAUUAUGAUUUUUGUGGAGAUUUAGGCAUUAAAAAAAUCUACCAGCAAGCCUUUACUAGAAAUGUGGAAAUGGUUCUUUCUCUUUUGGGAAAUUUAGCCACCUUAAAUAUUAAAGGAGCCUUAACCAAUUUAAUCCGAGAAUUAACCAAACAAAGAUAUUUCUUGACAGUGGGACCCGACGAACUUCCUUUAUCUUCGACAGCUCUUUGGAAGUCCCUUAUUUCCUCUCUUUCCUCGAAUGAAGAAGAUGAAGGAACUUAUUCAGUUUCGGGCCCCGCCAACCCUUCCUUGGGUGAUUAUGUUGAAGAAGUUCUAUUUAUCAAAAACCCCAAAUUAACGGAAAUGUUUCGGAAACAACCCCACCUGCUCGACCACACCACCUUCCAAUUUUACCUUUUUAAUAAAAUUGAAAUGAGUGCCAAUGCUCGGUAUUUGGGAAUUAUCGAAAAAUGUGGGACUUGUCAAAAAGUAGUUAACAGUAAAACCGACCCUUGCCGAUCCGUCAAGUGUGAAAUCAGCACCGAAGCCAUUUUUGAAGAUUACGAAAAUCCCCUCCGGGCCGAAACUGAUUUUAACCUAGAUAAAGCCAAUACCAAAGAAGAAACCCAUAUCGGAGAAGCCCCCGCCGAACAAGAAGCCCAAACCGACCGAAUGUUUAAAAGCACUUUUCGGCAAUUUUUAGACAAAAGCAUUGAGCCCAGUAUGUUUAAUGCUAAUACUAUCGAUUUUCAUUAUUCCUUGGGAGAAUUUUUUAAUCGGAUGACCGAUCCUAUUCUUUUUUACCGAGUAGAACACAGUGAAUUAUUAGCCAAUC